AGAAGCUGCUGCUUCGAUUUAGCCUGCGUCAGGAGCAGGUUAGCCGAGUAGAGUCAGAUACUAGCUGAAUACUAGCCGCCUUCAUCGUGCGGAUAUUUAUUUAUUUAUUUAUUUAUUUUUUUUAACCAAGGUAGUUAUUAACCACAAGAAAUGAUAUAUGAGCAGACUGGAGUAUUUUAAACUUUAGAAUAAGAGUUGAAUAAAUCUAAUCAACACAAACCAGGAAAAGGACGCGGCUCAGGAUGGCGUCAUUUAGCUGGAAUAGGAAAGUUGGGGAAAAGGUUUCUAAGGCAGCAAUGCAGCAGUUUGAGGCUCAAUCAAGAAAGGUGGAAGAUCACAAGGAGCUGGAAGAAGUUGAUUGGCUACAUGCAAUCAAGCGCAGACGUGAGGUACUGCUGGAAGACUGUGCAGCCAAAAGUAAGAGACUAAAGGAUGAGGGAACACUCUUGGCUGAGCAAAGCAGACACUGGGAAGCGGUGAGGAAAUGGGAUGAGGCCAUUCAGUUGACUCCAGAAGAAGCUGUAAUUUAUGAGAUGAAAUCUCAGGUGUUAACCAUACUGCAAGAGGACUUCGCUGCAGUGCAGGCAGCAGAAAUGGCAGUGAAACUUCAACCAGUGUGGUGGGAGGCAUGGCAGACUUUAGGACAUGCCCAAAUAAACCUUGGUGAGGUAGACCUUGCUGUACGUUCCUUCCAGGUAGCACUGCACCUACACCCAUUAGAGCGCCACCUGUGGGAGGAAGAUUUGAGAUGGGCACUACAUCAACGUGAAAAGAAACUUGCUAUGCAGCAGAAAGCCACACAAGAUGAUCAGACCCGAAAACUUAUUGAUGAUCCUCCCGAGCUGCAACAAGAUUAUGGGGACUUUGAUUGUGAUGAGGUCAUAGCUGCCUGCACAGCCAUAGCAGACCGCCAACAGAGAUAUGAAGAGUUAAGAAGGAACAAUAUCCUGGAUGUGCAAGAUGUUCCUAAUGAAAUGGUAGUCAGGAAUUCUAACUUAAAUGCUUCAAAGCAUAGUUUGGUUAAAGCAAGAAUUAUAUAAGAAGUGACACUUUUGUAAACACAAUGUAAACAAAGCUGUCCAGCAGUUUAUUACACACAGUUAGGAGCUCCUGGGACAGUUAAUUGACAGACCACCAGAGGGUGCUGCCAGGAAUAUUUUUCAGAGCCAGAUUUUACAUUAUACCCCAUGCAUGUUGUGCUUUGCCCUUCAUAUUGUUCUACCUUCCUGGUACCUGUCAUGGUACCUGUUCCUCAUUUACCCAAAUGUUUUGCCCUAUAUAUUAUAGCAGUUUUGUAUCUGUCUUUGUCAGUCAUUGUUUUGGGUUUGCAUGGUAUGGUUGAGUGUGUGUCCUGGUUCCUGUAUUUUUGCUGUGUUUUGUUACUCAUGUUGUAUUUGUCCUGUGUUUGAUGUAAGUCUCAUUGUAGUUUACUUUUGGUAAUUAAAGCCAUUCUUUACUUGA